AUGAAUUAAAUAAUCACAUUAAGCAUAUAAAAAAAAUUAGAUUUUUCUUCUAUGUUAUAUUUUGAAUUUUUAAAGACGACUAUAAAUUACUAAAAAUGGUAAAAGUCUCACAUUGAAAUUUUUAUGAUCAAUCGUUUAACUUUUUUUUUGCUCAAGCAAGAUACAAAUGAUCAUAUUUCGUAGGGGUGAGCGUUCGGAUAUUCGUUCGUAUUUGUAUCGGGUAUUUCAGUAUAAAUGUAUGAAACCAGUUCGGCUAUUUCUACACUUCUGGUCGGGUUCGGGUAUUUUAUGUUCGGGUUCAGAUAUUUUUGGUCGGAUUCAAAUAUUUAAAUUUUGAAGAAAAAAUAAACAAAUUAUUCAUUGUUUAAGUUUAUUUUUGUAUUUAAAAUAUACUUUUAACUUAAAUGGUUUUCAAAUUUUUAAAAGAUUAAACUAUCAAUAGGUUUGAAGAUAAAACUUUAAAAAUAGAAAGACAGUAAUUUAGUUGUUGUUUUGAAAUUUUAGAUGAACUUUUGUUAAUGCAAGAAACAAGAGCUUGAUACGUAUUUUAAGUGAGUAACAAAUGAUUUUAUCCAAAAUUGUAUGUAAAUUAUCUAAUUUUGAGCAAUGUGCAUCAUUAAUAAAAUUAUUUUGAAUAAAAUGAGAGAAUUAAACUAGAAAUAUAAGGUUAAAUAUAUUUAUGUUUGGUUAUCUUCGGAUAUUCGUUCCGGUUCGGAUAUUACCUGUUUAGGUUCGGGUACCUAAUCUCUCCGAAUUCAAUAAUCGUUCGGGUCUCGGUUUGGAUUUUUGGAUGGGAUUCAGAUACGGGUUCAGGUGUUGGAUAAAAUGCCAGCCUUAAUAAAUCAUAUGAAUAUGAAGUCUCAUUAAUAAAUAUUCAUAUAUAUAUAUAUUAAUAUCAUUUUAAAUAAAUUAUAUACUAUAUAAAAGUCUACAAAUAUGUUAACUUCAAUAUUUACAGAGAAAAAGUUAUUAAGAUCUUAAUAUGUUAAUUUUGAAAUUUGUAUUGAAAAAUCUCACAUUAAAAGUUUUGUAGUUAACGAUUUAAUUUUUUUGUUACAGUAAAUAUACAAAUGUUAAAAAAUCAUAUGAGUAGGAAGUAUCAGUAAUAAAUAUUUAUAUUAAAAUAUACUAUAUAUCUAUGUCAAUAUCAAUAAAGUCUUAUUUAUAUCAUAUAAAGUAAAUAAAAUGAUUGUUUUGAUUUAUUUAUCAAAAACGUGAUUGUAAAUUAACAAAAUGUAUUGGUUUUGAUUUAUGUAUUUACUCUUAUGUAUAUACUUUUAUGUAUACAAAUUAUUUUUUUAAAUAGGUAGUUUCUAAUAUCUUAUUUGAUUCUGACAAUCCCAGAAACACACUUCUUCAAAUCGAAGUGGUUUUUAAGAUUGGAAGCACUAUAUAUAUUAUUUCAUUCAUAUUAAAUAAUUUAGUCUUGAUUUUUAUUCCUAAAAAUGUUUUAGUGAAAUAUCAUGACAAAAUUCCAUUCACCUCCUUUUAAGUUUGUUCGAAAAACGAGAAAUUUGAUCAUUCGUCUAAUAUUUGUUUCUCUCUAAUACCUUAUCUAGCUAUUAUAAUUGUAAAAAUGAGAGUUUUGUACUAUUUAUUAUAAAUUUUCUGGUUUUUCAUUUAAUAAAUCAAACAGUUAUUAUUUAUACAUAGUUUACAUAUACUAGAAUUGUAAAGUAUUAGAGAAUUUGUACUCCCUACACACCAAAUAUCCCCUAUUUGCACUCCAUACUCUAUAUCCCUCCAAUUUUCUUCACUCCAUCAUUACCAUUUUCCCCCCCAUUCUAUGGUAUCCCACCGUUUUUAGUAUAUUGAGCUAAUUUGCUCAGUAUUAUACAUAUUAUUAUUUGUAUACUCUUAAGUAACUAAACCUCAAAAGCCUAGGCUAAUAAAAUAAGUAAUUUGUUUUGUUAUUCUAGAAUAAGAUGAUUUUAAGACCGAACUGGUGAAUAUAUACUAGACACACAUUUAUAUUUCGAGUUUGUACUUAUAUUUUAUAACAACUUGAUAUAUUAGAUUUGAACACUAACCUGUUAAAAGAGUUUGUUUGUGAUUUUCUUCAAAAUUUUGAUUCUUAGAUAUGUAUCUCGAGUGGAACUAAUUUUUAAAGAUGUCAUUUUUUUUAAAUUGACACUUAUGUAAUUCAUCGAAUUUAUAGAAUAAGUUAAAAAUAAACUAAACUCUUAUCUGUGAAACACAGACGAGAACGAAAACACAAUUUUAGAGGUAUAAAAUUCACUUAUGAAGAGUCAAUAGUAAACAAAUCGAGAGCAGAAAACCUAAUCUCAUUUCGUCAUUAUACAAUCGAUGUUGCAUAUUUAAUUUUGUUGAUUUGUGUUAGCCGAAAAACUUAAUUUCAUUUUGUACAUUUGAAGUCUUAAAAAUAAUUAAAAUGAGCUGUAAUGCAUAAACUCUUCAACAAUUAUGAUAAAUUUAAGAUACCAACAUUUGUAUUCAUCAUUUUAGAAUCGAUAAAGACUGUAGUGUGUGGUUUAUUAAAACCAUUUAAUUAACAAACAUUAUUGUAUGAACUUACUCCGCGCAUGUGCGCAGGUAAUCAUCUAGUUAUAAGAAGUAAAAGGGAGGUUUUUUUUUCUCAUCGGGAGAUUAUAAAAUACCAAGUCUUAUUAUAUAUAUAUAUAUAUAUGUGUGGCAGUUAAUUAUUUAAAAAUGUGAACUGUAAAUAAUUGGAUCAAACAUUUAUCCACCAGUCAUGAUCCUAAUAUAAUAGAAUAGAUCAUUUUAGAUUCAUCCUAAUUUAAUAGAAUAGAUCAUUUUAGAUUCAGACAUAUUUUACAACUCUACCUAAAACGCAUUUGUUUUUUUUUUAAUAUCAGAACUACAACAUAUAAUAUUAAUUUUGGCGCAACAGUUAUUCUAACUCAAGACCUCUAACAUAAUAGUCAGAGUUCCUUUCAGUUAAGUCAACGACUUUUAAUUUUGUAAAUAUAUGGUGCUACCUUGAACAACUAUAAUCAUAGAGCCUCCCCUAUGAUUACAAACUUAUGUAACCAAGCUCUGACAUAUAUCUAAAAUUUAUUUUAUAUGAACUUAUUUUAUAUUCUGUUUAUAAUAUUUUGGAUUUAGAUAUUUUAAGAAUCAGAUUAAAACAGAAGUUGAGUACAUGGUUUGUUUAUGGAUACUCAUUCCGGUUUGGAUACUAACUGAAAUAUUUGAGUACUUAAUUAAUCGGGUGCAAUAUUUUUUCUCUUUUUGAGUUUUUUGAAUAUAUGUUUUCUUUUUAACUAAGAAGAGUUAGUCACCCACAUGGUUUGAAGCCAGCCUUUGCUGAUACCAAUAACAUGGUGUAAAGCAUUUUUUCCACCCGAUUUUUGAACUAGAACAACACCUUUGAUUAAACAACCUGAUCUAGUACUACAUCCAGUAAUAAUAUAUAUACGGUCAUGUUUGAAUAACACUUGAUACUUGAAAUAAUACUCUACUCUAUGUGUGUACUAUGUAAGAGUGCUCCCAAAACGAAAAACCACUUUUUCUUCGAGUGCUCCUUUUCCUCUCAGAUAUGGGAAGUAUCCUGCAGAGUUCUUAUACUAAUGGCUGGAAUGCUAUAAUGCAUUUGCUUACUGAUGUGUCAAUGGAAAAGUAUAGUAUUUGCUUACUGAUGUGUCAAUGGAAAGAAAGAGGCUCUUUUGUAUCCGUUAUGCUUUUCAGGCAGCAGUAUAUGCGUUAUGGAGAGAAAGAAAUAAGAUAAAUCAUGAUGAUAAACCAUUAUCUUUGCUAGCAUUGAAAAAAAAUGAUUGAAAAAGGAGUCCGAAACAAGCUUAAUCUGAUGAGAACAAAGGGUGGAAAUAGUAUAAAAGGAGUGAUGUAAUUUUGAUUUGGAACAAGAUUGUAAAUAUUUCAAAAAUUAUUAGGAGUAUCAGUAGGUAAGGAGUUGCUCAUUACACAAAGGUCCGCACUUGUUGUAAAUAUUUUUUUUAUGAAUAAAAUUUAAUUUUUAUUCAAAAAAAUAGAAAAAAAAACACUAUGGAUCUUUAUAACUUGAAUCAGAUACAAAUUUUAGUUUUUUGGUUAGUGUUCAUUUUAUCAUUUAGUUACAAAUGUACACGUCUACCUUUUACCAUAGUUUCUUAGAGAUUAAGCUAAGACUGAGCUAAACCUAAGAUUUGCUGGCUUGUUUUUCUUGAUUGGUUAAUUGAAAUCUAAACUGAAGAAAACAACAGCUCAUUUACUUCCCCACGAAAUUACUGAAAUUUAAUUAUUUUCCAGUGCAAGGAAUUUCGUUUAUAAGUCUGCUUUGUUAUUUUGUAGUUUUCUUUGGCUUUAAGCACAUAAAUGCAACACAGAGAAGACAAUUUCAUUUGACUUUUUAGGCCAAAGUUGAUUAGAUGAUCAAACUGUAGAAACUCAGAAUAAACGGUUGAAGCAAUAGAUAAAGAUGGUUGAGCUGACUAUAACAAAUAAAACAAGACUUAGAUUUUGCUUUAAGUUAAUGAUUAAAAAAAUGUCAACAAGUCUUUUAAAAUAAGACCAAAUCUUUGAUGUUGUGGCUUAUCGGAAUAACACUGGCAAUUGCUUGGUUUGGUGGGUUUGGUAAGACAUUUGGUUUAUCUACCAGAGGAUUGCUAUAAAUCCAUGUGAAGUUGUUGAAUCAUGUUAGUGAGUUAAGUAACAAACAAACAAUGAGCCUUGAGAGACUUCAAGCAAUGAGAAGUUUAUUGAAGAGUGAGAUGGAGAAGUCAGAGACAUUCUCACUGGUUCUUGAAAAGACAGGAACCAAGCUUCAAGAAAUCAACACCAAGUUGCUGUCUUUAGAAGCUGAUGUUAAAGUAGAUAAAUGGAGAUCUUUGCCUUUCUCGGAUCACAUCCGUCACACCAUUGCACCUAUCUCAGCUGCUCUGAGAGUCUUUGCCACGGUUCAAGAACUCGAGAGAUCUCUCAUGUCAUGUAAGGAUGUUCUUGGUUAUGUUUCGGAUGUUAAACGUCUUGGAGAAGCGUUAAAGCUUCUGUCAAGUAGCUGUGUUCUUGCUCUUACCUGGCUUGAAGAAACAAUCCAGUUCUUGUCUGAAAACGGAAUGCCUGAAGAUCAUCCUUGCGGUCUACGGUUCAAGACUUCGAUAAAGCUUCUGAAGGAGUUGCAAAUGACCGAGGCUCGUGCUUAUCUUAGUGGUGGUAGUCUCUGCACAGCGUUGGAGAAUCUUGAAACAGAGUUUGAGAGGAUACUCGAAGAAGAGGAGGUUUUGUCUGAAUCCAACAUGAGAAAGUUGAAGACAAUCAUCAAGAGAUUAGAUGCUCACUGUGUACCUUCUUACAUCAAGAUCCGCACAAGGGUCAUUCAGAAACGGUUUGAGAAUGGGUAUCUACACAAAACAAUCACAGAAGAUGACAAUGUGCAGGACAAUGAAGGAGAUAUAGAUCAAUGGAGACUUGACAUGGAGAUAGCUGUGAAAGAGAUCUACGAGUUUGAGAGCAAGCUCUGCUAUCAAGUGUAUGAAGAUGUUGGAGAAGAACAUGAUGUUCCAUUGCGUUGCUUUGGAGCAAUAGCAUCAAACUCAGGACUCCUUCAGCUUCUCAGGUUCGGAUCAAGAAUCAGCAAAUGCAAGAAAAGUCCACCAAAGCUGCUAAAGCUCUUAGGUUGUUUUUCUACAAUGGACAACAUUAGAACCGAGUUUAACCGGCUGUUCAAAGGUGAGCUAUGUUCAGACAUACGCAGAGAAACACGGGAGCUGAUUAGCAACCUCGUUAAAGGUGUCUGCGAGAUCUUCUGGGAGUUGCCUUGUCAGGUGGAGCUUCAAAGACCAAACAACCCUUCUCUUGAUGGUGGUGUACCUAAGCUUGUGAGUGUUGUGACUGAGUACUGCAACAAGCUACUGGGGGACAAGAACAAGCCGGUCUUGUCCAAGAUUCUUGAGAUUGAUUUGGGGUGGAAGAAGGAAAAGUACCAAGAAGAGAUUCUCAUAGGUCACAUCUACAACAUACUGAGAGAGAUUGCUUUGAAUCUUGAUGCGUGGUCGAGUUCCAGCAAAGAAACAGCUCUUUCUUACAUCUUUAUGAUGAACAACCACUCCCAUUUUAGCGGUUUGAGAGAGACUCAUCUCGGGAAGAUGAUGGGAGAGUCUUGGUUAAGUGCACAUGAGCAGUAGAGAGACUACUACGCAGCACUAUAUGUCAAAGAAAGCUGGGGAAAGCUCUUGUCUCUACUCACCAUUAAAUCUCAACCUGCGAGAAGAAAGCGAGCCCGCGAGUCCAUUAAACGAACGUUACAAGACUUUGCCAAUGGCUUUGAUGAGAUAUACACAAAGCAAUCAGAUUGGGUUGUGGAGGAUGAAAGGCUGAGAUGGAAGAUAUGUCAAGCCAUGGUAAGAACGGUUGUGCCGAGGUACAAGAGUUAUCUACAGAGUUACAUAAUGCUUCUUGUUGAAGAAGAUCCUAUGAGACCUGGUAACGACUUGAGUUAUACUCCAAAGGGUUUGGAGAUGAAGCUAAAGACAAUGUUUCAGAGCAAAGAAGAGACAGAGAAGACAUACAAGUGUUCUCAUUUUGUGAACAAAGUGAUGGAUUUGGAAGUUACUCAGAAUUCUCACUUGACAUUUGAAGCUAUAUGAUGAUACUUACAUAAGAGUAUUUGGUGAAAACAGAUUAGCUUUACUUGAAUAGCUGUGUAGUGUAUGCAUGUGACAUACAACAGGUCUACACUUGGCUAAUUUAAAUGCGCAUUUCAAAUUUAUCUUUAGCUUUUAUUUUUCUGAGAAAAAAAUUUCCUUACAAGUUUAAUUUCUUCUUUUAUUUUUCUAAGGAAAAACGUCCAUUUCAAGCUUAUUCUUUAGGGUACAUGAGACAUGAUUAAUGUGAUAAUUUGGGGGAAUAAACGGUACAAUCAUUUCGGAAAGACUUUGAACACGUCGCACUAGGUGUAGGUACAUUAAUCCGGAACAAAAGAAUCAAACCGUACCGAACCAAAAUACCUGAAAUCAAACUGUUCAUAAAUAUCUAGACAAAUCCUAUAUUUCUGACAUAAAAAAUUGAAAACGAACCAAAAUCGAACCGAAAGCCAAAUAGUACAUAAACUUUUAAGAUGUUGUUUAUAUACUUAAAAAUAUCAAUUAUAUUUAGUUUCUAAACAACCAAAUAUUCUAUUAAUACAGUUUAUAAACCGAAUUACCCAAAUAUUUUCUUGAUCUGAAAAUAUUUAUAAUUAAACGAAUUACUCAAAGUUUUAUCUGAAUAACCCAAAUUGUCCAAUAUUUAACUUGAAAAUACCAAAUUAUCCAACAUUUUUAUCCAUAUUAUCUAAAUUACCCAAAAACCAGAACCAAAAUGAAAGCAAAUUAGACCCGGAAAUUUUUCAGAUAGUAGCCGAUUUCUAAUUUUGCUGCCGAUCGAACCAAAACUGAAAUAGCCGAAAACCAAACUGAAUUUUGCAAAUAACCGAACAGUUCAUAAAUCUCUAGAACUAACAAACCAAAAAAAAUAUCCAAACCAAAACCGAACUUGAAAACCAAACUUGAAAACCGAACACCGAGACCUACGUCACACGUUUGUAGAUAUUUUAUUAGUUUGAACGUAUCUUAUUUAUAUCACAAAAUACAAAACCAAUUUACUAUAUGUCAAAGACAACUUAAAUAUAUCCAACUUAGAAUUCACAUUUUUGCAGACUUUAUGCAUUACAUAUAUAUUAUUGGUAUGUAAUAAAUGCCAUAGCAUGACAUAAAUAUUUACUCAGUAUCCCUAUAUAUUAAAAUAUAAACAUUUGUAAUAAAUAUGUUCAUACACAUAUUGACACGUAUCAGCCUCACAAUCAUUUUAACUUUACAAUACUUACGUGUCAGAUUUACAGUUAUUUAACAAUUAAUGUGUUCACAUAUUAAUUUUUUAAAUACAAUUAAUGUGUUCACAUAUUAAUUUUUUAAAUUCUAUGUACACAAUUUAAUGUGUUCACACAUUAAUUUUUAGUCAGUUCAUUUUUAGUUUCUUCAAUUUUAACUUUUAUAUUAGUGAAUUGAAAUUCUCUCCGGGCAAGUACUGAAUAAUAUUAUUGUUGAAAGAAUAAAUUACAAAUUCAUUAAGAUACACAUCAACUAAAAUGUCGGGAUGAGAAUGUUUUUAGAAAUUAAAAGUUUCGCAUUUUGUUGAACUUGGCCAUAGUUGAGGUUUAUGCAUAUGAAAGCAACAAAUAAUGAUGAUUGGUUAUGAAUUAAGGAAACUGAUGUGAAAAACACCACACACAAAGUUGGAUCUUUAGUUUAGUCAAGUAUUAUUUUUCUUUACAGAGUUUUCAUAUCAAUAAUUAGAAACAUAAUCAGAUUGUUUAAAAAAAACAGAAAAGAUUUAAAAGAAAAGAAAAACUCGGGAAAUCGAUUGAAAAAUAGAAUUCAUGUACUGUGUGAAGAGAUCACAUUAUUUUUGACGCAACUCUAACCCAUUUCACUCGAUUUUAUCGUGUUUUUAUUAUCUUUACCAAGAAUUUAUUA